UUUUGUUGUUCUUUAGCCAUUCAGAGGUGGACUUGCUGGUGUGUUUUUGAUCAUUGUCCUGCUGCAGAAUCCAAGUUGGUUUCAGCUUGAGGUCGAAAACAGAUGGCCAGACAUUCUCCUUCAGGAUUUUUUGGUAGACAGCAGAACUCAUGGUUCAAUUUAUCACAGCAAGUCUUCCAGGUCCUGAAGCAGCAAAACAGCCCCAGACCAUCAUACUACCACCACCAUAUUUUACUGUUGGUAUGAUGUUCAUUUUCUGAAAUGUGUCGUUACUUUUACGCCAGAUGUAAUGGGACACACACCUUCCAAAAAACUUUUGUCUCGUCACACCACAGUAUUUUCCCAAAGGUCUUGGGGAUCAUCAAGAUGUUUUCUGCCAAAAUUGAGACGAGCCUUAAUGUUCCUUUUGUUCAGCAGUGGUUUUCAUCUUGGAAUUCUGCCAUGCAGAGCGGUUUUGCCCAGUGUCUUUCUUAUGGUGGAGUCAUGAACACUGACCUUAACUGAGGAAAGUGAGGCCUGCAGUUCUUUGGAUGUUGUUGUGGGGUCUUUUGUGACCUCUUGGAUGAUUCGUCGCUUUGCUCUUGGGGUAAUUUUGGUUGGCCGGCCACUCCUGGGAAGGUUCACCACUGUUCCAUGUUUUCGCCAUUUGUGGAUAAUGGCUCUCACUGUGGUUUGCUGGAGUCCCAAAGCGUUAGAAAUGGCUUUAUAACAUUUUCCAGACUGAUAGAUCUCAAUUAGUCUCAGUAAAGUUACGUUUUAAAGGGGGGGCAGGCACUUUUUUUUUUUGCAGGGCCAUGACGGGUUGGAUGGUUGUGUUGUCUUUGACUAAUAUUUAAAUUUGUUUGAUGAUCUGAAACAUUUAAGUGUGACAAACAUGCAAAAAACUAAUAAAUCAGGAAGGGAGGCAAACACUUUUCCACACCACUGUAUUUGUACCGUUGCACCACUUGUAGAUAGCCUUGCAUAUGUUUGACGUACACUGGAUUGGUUUUAGCGUCUUUAAUGUACAAAAUGUAUCAACGUGACCCCCUUAACCUUUAUUUUUUCUUUAUGUGGUCCUCAAAGGGUCGUUCUAACGUACAUUAUUCAUUCAUGAAUGUGUGUUUUUGAAUGGAAACCUGCUUUGGAGUCAGGAGGUUUUGUGUAAAUGACUCAGGAUGCAUGUACAGUUUAUGUGCACACAAUCAGUGGGGAGAAAAAGAGGAACUGUCCCCUCAAGUUGGGCUUUAAAUCUAUUCCUCAGCACAACCUUGUCCAGGGUUACUUGUGAAAGUAUGUUUUGCUGUGGGCGUGGGGCUUUUUCAUGCUGACGACUGACGCCAGUCUCUCUGAGUGGGAGGUAUAUAAUUAUUAUCAGAAUCUUAUCUUAUUAUCAGAAUUAUCAGAAUCUUCUGAGCCAGAGGCACGUGGAUAAGUGAUCUGAGGCAAACAUGAUUUUUAAUGUGAACACAGCCAUUUAUGUCGACAAACGAGUUCUUGGAGGGUGGGGUCGGCCAUGUGGAGAUGCUCUUCAGGUGUAACUAUCUCGCUCUAGUGGGAGGGGGUAAGAAACCCAAGUACCCAACCAACAAAGUGAUGAUCUGGGAUGACCUGAAGAAGAAGACGGUCAUUGAGAUUGAGUUUUCCACAGAGGUCAAAGCAGUGAAGCUUCGGCGUGACAGAAUUGUGGUGGUCCUGGACUCUAUGAUCAAAGUGUUCACCUUUACCCACAACCCCCACCAGCUGCAUGUGUUUGAGACCUGCUACAACCCCAAAGGACUGUGUGUGCUGUGUCCCAACAGCAACAACUCUCUUCUGGCCUUUCCUGGGGCUCACUCAGGCCAUGUUCAAAUAGUAGACCUGGCAAACACAGAGAAGCCCCCAGUUGACAUCCCUGCCCAUGAGGGCUCACUUUGCUGCAUCGCCCUGAACCUCCAAGGGACGAGAAUAGCUACUGCAUCAGAGAAAGGGACCCUUAUCAGAAUUUUUGAUACAUCAGCAGGUCAGCUCAUACAAGAGCUGAGACGAGGCUCUCAGACCGCAAACAUUUACUGCAUCAAUUUCAACCAAGACGCAUCCCUCAUUUGUGUGUCCAGUGACCACGGCACAGUGCACAUCUUCGCAGCCGAAGACGCAAAAAGGAACAAGCAGUCUAGUUUGGCAUCCGCCAGCUUUCUUCCAAAAUACUUCAGUUCCAAGUGGAGCUUCUCCAGGUUCCAGCUGCCCUCAGGCUCCCCGUGUUUGUGUGCCUUCGGAACGGAGCCCAACGCCGUCAUAGCCAUUUGUGCUGAUGGCAGCUACUACAAGUUCCUGUUCAACCAAAAGGGAGAGUGUUCCAGAGACGUCUACGCCCAGUUCCUGGAGAUGACCGAUGAGAAAAUAUGACACCAUUGCACAGCCUGUUUUCUUUUUCCCCCCCCCCGCCACCCCUCUUUUUUUUUCAAGAUCUGGAAGGGAUGGAGUCAUUUCUCUUGACGCUGACAAGACUGCCGAAAGAGCGUCGCGAACAAUUUGCAUGGGAGCAACUUUGUAUCACGCUCGUCUCCGGGCUGUCAGAGCGACGUGGACGCUAACUCUUGAACCAAACACGAGGGAGGAGGCGCAACAAGGAAGGACUUUUUCCAGAUGUCUUCCGAGGACCUUGCAAUGGAUGGAUAUUUUUUACAUCUCAUAGAUUAUUCUGAUAGACGGAGAGAUUUUUGUCAACUAACACCACCUAAGCUAAUUCUAGCGAGUGCCUCUGACUGGAGAGAACCUGCAAACGCGCGCGUGUGCACAUGUGUGCAUAUAAAAGUACCAAGUGUGUGCGUGUGUGUGUUCCCUCAGCAGGAUCACACGGAGCAACCAAGCGCCCACAGCCACGCAGCUGUAAGCAGGGGUGUCUAAAGUGCGGCGCGGGGGCCAUUUGUAGCCCGUGGCUGUUUUUUUUUUAUUGGCCCGCGGCACAUUCCAAAAAUAUAAUUUAACAAGAAAACAAAAAAAACGAAGCAGCAAAGUCAGUCAUUUCACAAAAAUAAAGUCAAAAGAGAAGAAGAGAAAAAAAUUGCAAUCUUAACGAGAAAACAUCGUAAUUUUACGAGAAUAAUAUGAGGAGAAAUAACCUCAUUUUAGUUCAUAUUAUAGAAAUAUUAAAGAAAAAAGACACCUUUUAAAGUAAGUCAUAAUAUCAUGAAAAACAAACAAGGAAUACAAUUGGAAUUUUGGGAAAGUUAGGUUGUGGAAAAAAUGAUGGAAUAAAAAUGAUAGGGGGGAAGUUAUAUUAUGGGAAUAAAAUGUCAAUCUUACGGGAAUAAAGUCAGUAUUACAAAAACCAAAUUUCCCAAGAUUAUCUAAGAAUAAAUAUUUGUUUUAAAAAAAAAAAAAAACAGCAACAAUUGUGCGGGAAAACAAGAGCAAAGUUGAGACUAAUAACAGGCUUGUUCACCUUCGUGUAUGAAAUAUAUAUAACGUCUUACCUUGCGGAUAUCUUUACAAAAUAUCAGCGGUGCAUCCUCUCAUUUUUCUCUAUUUGGCCCUGGCAAACGUUUGGACACCCCUGCUGUAAAAUAUGUUAAACAUUUUGCAUCCUUCACUGUAUGAACACAAGACUGAAUUUUAAUGACACGAACUUUGUGCAGAAAGAAGUCAAAUCAUGUUUUUCUUCAUGUUUCUUUUUUAUAAAGUGGAGCGCUAUACAAGCUUUGCUUCCACCAAGAUAUCCUUUCUUACUAAAUCUGUCCACAUGAUGAUGUGAAAUUAUGCUUUUCCUCUUUUUCCUUUUGUGUUUUUUGGUAUAUCAGCUUAGUAUGAAGCCCAAGAAAGAUGAAUGCUAACAAAUCCAACCUGCUGGAACACCAAAACAAUUUAUUUCAGCAUCUAACCGAGCAAGAUCAUGAUUGAUGGGGCGGUUAUUGCUUGGUCAUGCGUGUCUAAGCUGUGCAGAAAAAGGAGUGCAUUUUGCACAAGGCGUGUCAAAGGUCCAGCUGGGGGGGGCCCGUUUGCGGCCGCAUCUGAACCCCUGCUGGCACUCAGAGGGAAAUGUUAGCUUUAAGGAGUCGAUCUUAACCCGUAAUUUUCAUUUUGUGGCCCACAUGACCAAGCUAGGACUGACCGUGCUUAUGAAUGACUUGUUAAGCGGUAGUUGCUUGCCCCACGUAUCCGUUUCCUUGACUGUCACAUGACACUAUUAGGUCAAAUCUGGUGUAGGUCAGUACACAAGGCCUACGUGUCACCUGCUUCAUUCCGCUCUCCAGUGUGUAUAAAUGCAUACACUACACACAUCCUGCUCAUGCAAAUCAGGGAGAUGGCUUGUGGACACCAUCUGUGUCGAGGCUUUACAUCAGGCUAAAAUCAUUGAAAUGUACUUUAUUUUUGUUAUUAUUGUCUGUCCGUUUCACAGCAAAAAAACAAAACAAAAAAACCACAAAACAUUUCAUUUGUGUGCACCAGAUUGUAUAUUUGCACUCUUCACCGCCUGUCUGUUACUGCACAAUGAAGGGACGCUACGCAACGUGUAAGCCAACUGUUAAACCCCUCACAUGUUUAGUUUUGAUUGUAAAGCAAAAUCUGCAAUUUAACCUGUGAAUAAAACACGGCAACAGCUGCUUGGGAAUA